GCUGUCAUUUGGAGUAAGGACAGGGAAGGAAGAAGGCAAAGCCGGUUGGGGUAAUUGAAGACGGCCGUGGAUGAAUGCACGUCAUUUUGAAGUGAAGUUAUUUUGCUUUAUGACGUUUUUUUUAGAACGGCGACUGUUUUCAUGGGCUUACCGGAGAGAUCUUUAAAUAACCGGAAGCUGCAUUGCAAAUGCUAAGGAAAUCACUUUAUUUUAUGAAUGUAAAACAGAGGGGAGCAGGCUCUGUCACUACAAUUUACAUUAACAGUACCCAAAGGAAGUUAAAUGCUAAUUGCACGUCAUCGCUGGACAUCGCACGGCCCUAAUUCACGUACCGGACUGAAGUGCACUGAACCGUAACGACAAUGUCCGCAUCAACUUCAAACUCAUCCCACCACCAGCAGCAGAGAAUGAGACGCAGCAAUGCAGGUUCCCCCACCGCAGCCAACAGCAGCAGCAGCAGCAGCAGUAACAGCAGCCGGCUGCUGCAGCCCAUCCGCGCUACAGUUCCCUAUCAGCUUCUACGCAGCAACCAACAGAGCCCGACCCGAUCUCCUUCUUCAUUCUCAGUGGGGAGCAACACUGGACCGACCUCAUCACGGUGCUCAAGCCCGCCCAGCCCGACACAAGCACUGUCGAGCCCUGGGGGUAGCGGCGUGGCGGACCAGAAGCUGAUCGGUAGACAGAGGCGAUCUCCAGACAGCAGGAGCUCACCUGAGAGACGGAGUCCGAGCUCUCCGAUCUGUAGAGUUGAGAGAUCCAAACCACAGCAAAUCCGAACCUCAAACACCAUCAGACGGACAUCUUCCCUGGAUACAAUAACAGGAACUUACCUCACUGGACAGUGGCCUCGUGAUCCCCAUGUGCACUACCCAUCAUGCAUGAAAGAUAAAGCAACUCAGACUCCUAGUUGCUGGUCAGAAGAAGAGGCAGAGAAGAGAAGCACACACCAACGAUCAGCCUCUUGGGGUAGUUCAGAUCAGCUGAAAGAGCAGAUUGCAAAACUGAGGCAACAGCUGCAGCGCAGUAAACAGAACAGCAGACAUAGUAAAGAGAAGGAUCGUCAUUCUCCACUUCAUGGAAACCAUACCGCUGUAAGCCAGACUCAGGCAUCUCUCUCCAGAACAGUCCCAAUGCCAUUAUCAAACAUUCCAGUGCCAAAGUCCGCUAUUUCCAGAGUCCCCAGCAGUAUGGAGGGAAUUAAUCAUGAACUGGAAAAGGUUUUUAUAAAAGACAGUGGAGAAAAAGAAGAGUUAAAGCCACUGGAUGUGCCUGAUGGCCGCAGAGCACCAUUCCCUCCUCAGUGUCGCAGCAGCAGCACACGCAGCAUUGACACCCAGACACCUUCAGUUCAGGAGAGGAGCAGUAGCUGCAGUAGCCAUUCACCUUGUGCUUCCCCCUUUUGUCCCCCUGGAUCUCAGGAUGGAAGCCCCUGUUCUGCAGAGGACCUUCUGUAUGAUCGAGAUAAAGACAGUGGGAGUAGUUCACCUUUGCCUAAGUUUGCCUCAUCUCCCAAACCAAACAACAGCUACAUGUUCAAACGAGAGCCCCCAGAGGGAUGUGAGCGAGUCAAGGUCUUUGAGGAAAUGUCGUCUCGGCAAUCAGGCUCAAUCCCACUGUUUUCAUGUCCCGACAAAAACAAGGUAAACUUUAUACCAACUGGAUCUGCCUUCUGCCCAGUGAAACUACCAUCUUCUGACCAGAAUCCGCUGGACUCUCCUGACGAGCACACCACUGGAAACAUCGAAGGAAGCACACAGUCUGUCAGCACUGUGACUGUUGAGCAGCCCUACUCUCAGGUCUCGGUCGACACCAGCACAGAAGUUUUCCCAGAGGCCUGUGCACAACUCUCCUCGUUUCAGCAGCCACCAGCGAUUCAAGAGUCCACAGAGGAGGAGUAUUCCACACCUCAGAACUAUGCGUUCAUGUAGAGUCUGGCAGAGCAGGCCUCUGCCCUGAAAUGGGGCCGAAUGAAUUGCUAUGUUUUAACAUCUGCAUGAAGUAGCAACAAAUGUCCAGAUCAGAAAAACUUUAGCGUUCUUAGCAUAUCUUUAAAAAAAAAUUAAAAAAACAACAAAACAAACAAAAAAAACAAAACAAAACUUCUUGGCAGGGAUAGAAUUCAUCUCUUUUAAAAUAACUCGGUAAAGCAGUAAUGCUUGAAAAAAAGAAAAAAAGGAAAAAAAUAAACAUGCUUCAUUAAGUGUUUUAAGUGGGGGACUAUGCAUUUCAUCGUAUGUUUAUUCAUAUUUAGUACUGUGUCCUGUGUUCUGUUUCAACAUCUACAGUAUGAUAUAAGCUCUUUAUCAAAAUGAAAGAAAAAUGCCUGUCUAAAUUGAAAAAACUGUGUAUUGCUGUGUCAUGUAUGUUAUGGAAAAUGCUGUAUUUUUCAGGAUUGUGUUUACAAUCGAUCCAGGUUAUGUUUCUAAACUUCUUUAAUACAUACAAUGCAAAAAAAGAAAGAAAAAAAAAGAUUAAAAAAAAAUGGCCACACUAGUUGCACAGUGCCCACGUAAUGGCCUCGCUUCAGGUACUUCUGUUGAAGUCUAAACUCAGGUAAUUUGGAAUGUAUCCACAUAUAAAUGAAACAAAAAUGUGGCUUUCGAAGCAGAAAGAGGGAGUUAACAAUAAGCAUCGCUCUCUUGCCUUUCCUUUUUUGUACAUUAAUCUUUUCUCAUUACAUUCCAUGUCCUUUAAAAUAAGUGCAUUCUGAUCCAGGGAGGCCUCCUGGAGUGAUGAACGUCCUCAUAACCAGCAGAACUGUGAUGUCUGGCGCAUCACCCUUAAGGGAAUGAAAGACGCUUUGUGCGGCAUUGCAAUUGUCGCUCCUUCUACGACUGUUAAGCUGUUGAAGUUUAAGGGGUCCGGUACAAGGCUGUACAUACAAAACAUUCCGUAACCGAUCGAAAAACGGAGAUAAUUCUGAUAACCCAAAACGAAAAUCGUAAGCCAGAAAGCAUUUCAGUUUACGGUUUAAUAUUUGUCAUUUAUAACCGCAUUUUGGUUGGGAGUUACAGAGGAGGGAGGGAUGGAGUGGAAGGUAAUAUUUAUAAAAUACAAAUUAAUAUUUAGUUUCUCACUCAAACGCAUUGCCGUUUUUUGAUGACUGUACAGCAACACAUGAUGAAACCUCCCUCAUUUGGCUCCCCUCUUCCGAUGUACAGUAAUAAGAUGGCGUUGACUGGCUUUACAGUCCGUAAGCAAUAUUAUAAAGGUUUCUAGUGCUUUAUCUUUCUACCAAGUCACACUAACAAAUUGCCAGUCGUAACUUCUUUAUCUAUCUAUCUAUCUAUCUAUCUAUCUAUCUAUCUAUCUAUCUAUCUAUCUAUCUAUCUAUCUAUCUAUCUAUCUAUCUAUCUCUCUCGAGUUUUCCUAUCUUACAAUCUGGCACUGUUCACAGUGGACCAGUGGCGUAGCUAGGGGUGGGGCAAGGGGGGGACAUCUGUCCCCGGGCGCAGCAUCCAGGGGGCGCCAAAUUUCCCUUCCCCAUUGCAUUUUGGCAAACAGGAGGGGGUGCGAAAUCUUCAGUUGUCCCCGGGCACUGAAAACCGUAGCUACGCCUCUGCAGUGGACUAGUUGCAGUUCUACUGGGAAAUGACAACACGACUGAUCUUGAGUCGCACAUGCCGGGUGCAAUUUUCUCCCAAACACGAUAAGCUGAACGAAAGAUCUGGUGUGCUACAGUUGGGUGUGCAAUAAUGGCGAUGUAGCGAUAUGCUGGAGAGCAACAGUUUGGAAUGUUACACUUGAUGCUACCAUUAUUGUCCUGCAUUGAUUAAAAGACAGAGGAACUAAAUAUUAAUUUUCUAUCAAAUCAAUGUUGAUCUUAUCUUUCUAAAAUUGUUAAACAAACUGCUCAAGAACAAUAAAAAGCUAACAGUUUGCCCUGUACAAAAGAAGCUUAUCUGUGUCUCCUCCAUCCAGGUGCAGAACGUUUUGCUGUUCAACAAGCUUGUCUGAAGUUUGUACGUAGGUUCACUGUAACAACAAGCCACUGUGCUCAACAGUAUUUAUGAACUGCCACACAAUGUUGCUUUAAGUAAUGAGGUGUGGCUUUUGUUUUGUAUUUUUCAAUUUACAGCUUUUGUGUCUUAUUUAAAUAAAGUUGUUAGCAGAACCAAAA